CCCCGCGAGCGCUGCGCGAGAGCGAUGUGUUGGAAUGCGUGACUCUCGCACACUUCGUCGAUCGACUUGAGAGUUUGGAAAUAACUUUGCCCGAACCUUAUUUUCACAACAAAAUCGCCAAACUGCGGGUGAACACGAACGCUGGUUGAGCAUGUCUGCUCAAACAGUCUAUCCCUCUACAGCUGUUAUGUUCAUGCCUGGUGUUGGCAUUCCUCUGCCAGAGGUGAGCCAUGACCUUCCCGAGCUUUCUCAGAACGAAGUGGCCGCCCCUCAGCUAGUGAUGCUGGCUAAUGUGGUGAUAUCGUCUGAAACAUCUCCCUCAGACUGCAAUGCAGAAGAGAAGCAAAUGUUUGAACUCAAGACUGUUGGCAGCAGCAACUACUCUGACAGCGACGAAGAGGGUGUCGUCAGAUACAGCCUUGACAAUGAGAUGUCCGAGGCCAGUUACCCGGAACAGGCCACCCGAGUUGAGCCAGAGGUGACGGAAAGAGCGCCGGAUUGUGAUGAGAUGGAAAUAGCGGAGGACCUCUCUGAAAAAACCUCAUCAGAAUCCCCUACAGCAGAAAAACGUAAGCGCAACCCGGUCGUCGUCUUCGAAUCCAGCAAAAAGAAGAAACCCUUCUUUUGUAAACCCUGUCAAUACCAGGCCGAGAACGAAGAGGACUUCAUUCACCACAUUGGCAUUCACAGUGCCAAGAAAAUUAUUGCAGUAAACAGGGCGGCUGAUUCAGACGAUGACCUGGGCAGCGAAUCCGGACAACCUCAGACACCCAACGCGGAGAACAGUGAAAGUCUAAGUAACUCCAAAGGUGUGAUACGCUGCGAGCGCUGCGGAUACAACACCAACCGCUACGAUCACUAUAUGGCUCAUCUUAAACAUCAUACCAAAGAGGGAGAAGAUCAGAGAGUUUUCAAGUGCACCAUUUGCGCUUACACCACCAUCAGUCAAUACCACUGGAAAAAACAUCUGAGGAAUCACUUUCCCAGCAAGCUUUUCACGUGCAACCAAUGCUCUUAUUUUUCGGAUCGCAAAAAUAACUACAUACAACACAUCCGGACCCACACUGGUGAGCGUCCAUUUCAGUGCAUAUACUGUGAAUAUUCGAGUUCACAAAAAACUCACCUUACUAGACACAUGAGAACCCAUUCAGGUGAGAGGCCUUUCAAAUGUGACAGCUGCAGUUACCUGGCAGCCAACCAGCAUGAAGUGACCCGCCAUGCCAGACAGGUCCACAAUGGACCCAAACCCCUGAGCUGCCCUUACUGCCAGUAUAAGACAGCAGACCGUAGCAACUUUAAAAAGCACGUCGAGCUUCACGUCAACCCUCGCCAGUUUCUUUGCCCGGUGUGCAAGUACGCCGCAUCCAAGAAGUGCAACCUGCAGUACCACAUCAAGUCAAGACACCCAGGAUAUUCUGAUAUUUCAUUGGAUGUGUCAAAGGUGAGGCUGCGUGUCAAAAGAACAGACGGCGAUGACCUGCCCACAAACACCGACGACAAGGUUGCAGAUGAGAUUGGAGAAGGAGGAAAUGAUGGAGAACAAGCAGGAGAAUUGGAUGACAUUGAAUCAGGCCCUAUCAACCUCUCCAUUAAGAAACCAAGUAAGUCUACAUCUGCUCCAGAGAAUGAACUGAUGGAGCGGACUAGAACGAAAAACACUGAUAUCAGUGGUAAAGAAAAACCUGGAAAGCCAAUCCAACAACCCAACGAGAAAACAGAAGAGAAAAAGUCAGCGCCGAAAAGAGAUGGAAAGGAGAAAAACAAGAAGGACAAACGAAAGACUUCUGGAAAAGUUACAGACGUCACAACCACACAACCAGAGGUAUGCAUGAACAAAAAAGAGAAAGCGAUAAAAAAGAUUGAGAAGAAAUCCAAAUCUUUGGCGAAGGUUGCAAAGGGUCGUCCUAAGAAAGAGAAACCUUUAAAGGAGGCAGCGAAAGAAGCAACUGCAAAACAUCAAACUUCUGUUGCAGAGUUGCAAAGAUUGUAUUUGGACAAAGAAAGAGUCGAAAAAGACCUAGAUAAAAAACAAAAAGAAAAGGAGGAAAGAAAGAGGCUAGAGAAGGAAAACAACUCGCAGAACGAGACUGUAAAUGAGAUGGUAAAGGAGAACGAGAGUGCAAAGAAUUGCAGGAAACCUCAAAGCAAGAAGCCAUGCAAGAAGCAAACAAAAUUAGCAAAGGUAAACACUGUUAAAGACACGCAGAGUACAGAGGCGAUCCAAGACGUCAGGACUAAACCAGCAAAAAGAAAAGCAGAGGCCAUGGAUGUAUUAGAGGCUUCAGUACAGAACUGUCCUUCCAAGCAGGUCAAGAGCAAGAAGAAAGAUACAACCAAGCCAUCGCCAUCAUCCAGUACUCCAGUGACAAAUCGCACCAUACCUGAGAUUCUUAAGGACAUGAUGAGCAAAAGCAAGAACAAGAGUCCAGACAAACCUGAGAUGCAUGUCUUGGAGCCCAAAAAUACUUGUGACAGUAAUGAGGAACCAGAGAAGUCAAGCACCCCACAAACUGAAAAGACAUCUAUGACUGAACCGCUCAAAGUACUUGAUGGACCAGACCAGCAAACGCCAACAAAGGUGACCUGCCAAGAAGAGGUAGUUGACAUGACCAAUUCUGUUAAGAACCAACCCACACAUCAAACUCCAGAAGGCAAGACCUUAUCCAAUGACAUUUCAGAGGUGGACAGCGGAAAUGAGAUGCCAUCGCCUACUGACAGCGAGACUUGCCCAGGGUUCAGCCAACAGCAAGCUGUUGUCACGCCAACCCUUGAACUUCCAGGUCCACCCGGACACAAAUCCACUUAUGCGGAGGACGAUGAGGGUAUCCAUAGUAACGACGGGGGAAGUGACAUCAGUGACAGUGCCUCUGAAGGAAGCUACGACUCUGGUCUCAACGGAUUAGCGGCCGCCACAGAAGGUGGAGACAAACUUCCAGAGACUCCUACGGAGGAGCUUCCUUCUCCCAGCAAACUGCUCAGUCACACAUGUAUCUUCUGUGACCGUACCUUCUCCAUGGAGGUGGACUACCGUCGCCACCUGAACCGCCAUCUUGUGAAUGUGUAUUACUUGGAGGGGACGGCUCAGGGUGACAAGUAAAGGGGUG